CCCGCGCCUGUCGCUUUUUCCUGGAUGGGCCUUGACGCGCAGUUUUCCUCGAGUUUACGACCAGCUCAGCUCGUCAUCGUAUAACCAUACCGCGUCCUCGCCAUGUUCAUGCUCCGAAACCUGGGUAAACUUGUCUUUGGUGAUAACUCCAAGGAAACCAUCGUCGAAAUCCCCCAGGGCCAACUUUAUCUUGUUCGACCUCGCUCUGUCAAGGGCUAUUCGGAGCUUAUCUUCAAAGACGCCGCUGCCACCAUCCGCCGCACGGGACAAGAGUUUCAGUACCAGCUCGUUGUCCAGCGCGCAUACGAGGAGGGUGAGGAGGAUCUACUCGCCGAGGAGGACGAGGACGCAGCUUUAGACGCGCUAGCUGGAGACAAGGACGAGAAGACUUUCCUGCUUGACGAGGACCUCCGAUUGCGCGACGACGUACGCUCCACCGGCGAGAAGAUCUUUGCCUGGCGUGACCUGAGUGGCGACGUUGACGACCUCUGGGAGUUUGUCUGCGACCCCUCAGUCAAGCCAGAGACUGCUGCCCUCUUUGAGCGUGUUGCCCUGCAGUGCCAGUACGAGAGAAAGUUCAGGCGAAAUCACGAACACGCGACUGAAGACGACCUUGCUGCACUCGCCUAUUACGAAGAGCCCAUUCCUGACGCGAGCCCUCUUGCUAGCCCCACAAGUUCGACCACCUUCGUCCGACCGAUCGAACUUCCAACCACCGAAGACCUCUUUCCAAACACUACAAAGGAAAACAUGAAGAAAAAGGUUGCUGGCAAGGCCGCUGUUCCAGAGCAGGAAGAUGCCACCACUGCUCCACCAUCUGCCGCGCAACCGCAGGCCCUCGAAACCUUGGUUGAGGGCGAUGCCGAGCUCCACCUCUUUGAUUUUCCCUCGGGCAUGUUCAUUAGACAGGAUCCCAAGGUCAAUGUGACUGUGACGGAGAUCGGCGACUGGAACUACUGGUUACACAUUGUUGGCGAGGAGCGCGAGUGGCUUGGACAGCCCAUUGUGGAGGAUAUCAAUCCAGUAUUCAACUAUGAAUACAAGUCAUUCAUCUUCAAUCACUAUCUGGAAGACGGCUCUGCAUACUCAUGGCUUCUAAAAUUCAACCAACAAGAAGAACUUGAGAACGUACAGCAAGGUGUCAUGCAAGCACUUUGGGAGCAUUUGAACAAGAUGAAAUGGGGCAAAGCAAAGGACACCGAUCGUGAGUACGUUCUGGAAGCAUUCCAGGAUUUGACCAUGGAGGAUGUUCCCGAAGAAGAGGAGGAGGAGGAGGGAGAAGAGGAGGAAUAUGAGGAAGAAGACGAGGAUACCAACGACCAGCGUAGUGAACACUAUGAUUCAGACGAGUCUGAGGACGACGUCGAGACUCGUCCCAAGGAUGGAGAUGAGAAUUCGCAGUUGGCUGUAGGCUACAAGCAUGACAGAUCGUUCGUUGUCCGAGGCGAUAAGAUAGGUGUUUUCAAGCACACUCCCGACAAUCAGCUGCAGUUCUCCACCACUAUUUCAAACAUCAAAACUCCAAAAGGCAAAGCUUUCAAUCCCCACAAAGUAAUGCUUCAUCAACAGGAUCGAGAUAUGAUUCUGCAAAACUUGGAGAACCCGAACAACCUCUACCGGAUGGAUCUUGAGACCGGUACUGUUGUGGACGAAUGGAAGGUGCAUGACGACAUUCCGGUCAAGGUCUUUGCACCAGAAAACAAAUUCGCUCAAAUGAGUGGCGAGCAAACCUUCCUGGGUCUUUCCGGCAACGCCCUCUACCGUGUAGACCCUCGCUUGGCUGGCAACAAGCUUGUUGAUGACCAGCUAAAACAAUACGCCACCAAAAAUGCGUUCUCUGCGGCUGCUACUACCGCCAAGGGUCACAUUGCUGUAGCGUCCGAGAAAGGAGAUAUCCGCCUGUUCGACAGGCUUGGUAUCAACGCAAAGACUCUUAUCCCCGCGUUGGGAGAUCCAAUUAUUGGUAUGGAUGUCUCUGCAGACGGUCGUUGGGUACUCGCUACUACACGAACCUACCUUCUUCUAAUCGAUGCGCUUCAAAAAGGCGGCAAGAACGACGGAAAACUUGGGUUCGAAAAGUCAUUCGCUAAAGACGAUAAACCACAACCCCGUCGUCUCGCACUCACACCAGCACACGUUGCCCAAUUCCAACACGAAACCAAACUUCCGAUCUCCUUCACUACUGCACGCUUCAACACGGGCCUUGAUGAAAAAGAAACCACCAUCAUCACGGCUACUGGUCCCUUUAUCGUUACCUGGAGCCUCAAAAAGGUUCUUGCUAAUCGCAAGGAUCCGUACAGCAUCAAGCGCUACUCUGAAGAGGUCAAGGCUGACAACUUCAAGUUCGGCUCCGAUAAGAAUUUGAUCGUUGCACUACCAAAUGAGGUUGAUAUGGUUGCGAAGAGGGCACUGCAGCGACCAACGAGAGAGAGUAUCGCAACAGCGAGUCGCGUUGGAGCUGCAAGGAGGAGUGGAGUGCGAGGAAGCUACCUCGGUCGAAAUGAUAUUGUCAACAGUCCUUAUUAAGUUCUGUGACAGGGUGCUAGGUAUAUCAACUUCCGCGGAAGAGAUUGGGAAUGGUGUUGGUGAGGAUUCCCACCAGCAUAGGCCGUGGGUGUUGGCGUUGUGUUACUUUUCCUUAUUCCCUGUUUCUAAGCCAUGCGGAAAUGCGCUGCUGAUAAACUGGGCUACGUAGCGAUUCCUUUCCCCUCACAAAGAUAUUGGUGUAAGGCCUAUGAGAGACGAUAUAGUGAUUCCCGCAUCCGACCCAUACCUCCAUUGUCCCUCUAAUGGACAAAAAUGAGACCAAUAAAGUUUUCGAAAUGGACAUGCUCUUUGCUCUUGCCUCACCACGAUAGAUAGGAAGAUAAGCUGUUUAGAUAAACAUGCAGCAGGGAUACCAGGGGGAAUGACGUGCUUGCCCAGCGUAACCUCACCUGUUCCUUUUG